AUGACAACGACACUCUCCAAGACCAAAGAUAAUGUCAUCAAUACUCCCGGCGGGGUCAUACACGUACGACCCUAUAGAUCAAGCUCGAAUGCUCAAUUGAAAGCUGUUCUGAGCUUCACACCUAGAGUGUCUAGUUUAGAUAGGACCAACGAAAGGUCACAGACGGAUGAAUUCAGAGGGUUCUUCGUCCUGUUUUGGAUUGGCCUCGCUCUCCUCUUCCUCCGCACCUCCAUGCAAUCCUGGGAAGAGAACCGUACGCCCCUCUCAUGGACUUUCGGACGACUCAUCACUGGCGAUGCUCUGGUCCUAGCCAUCUCAGACAUCAUCAUGGUCUUGACGAUGUUCAUCUGCGUCCCGUUCGUAAAAGGAUUACAAAAUAGAUGGUACAAAUAUUACUGGACCGGUGUGAUCAUUCAACAUACCUUCCAAACUAUCUAUCUUGGAACAGCAGUAUGGUGGGGCUGGCAUAGACAAUGGUACUGGGUUCAAUCGGGUUUCUUAGUAUUACAUUCAAUGUCAUCAAUGAUGAAGAUGCACUCCUACAUGUCACACAACGGUAUGCUCGCUACCGUCUACUCCCAAUUGCAAGAAGAAAAGAGACAAUUGGAAGAAGUCAUCAAAAACGCUCCAGGAGGUAGAGAACAACUUCUCUCGGAAGCUGCUGAGCGUAAAGCCCAUUUGGAGGCUUUGGAAGGUCCAACCCCAGUCGGUACGCCUGCUCCUGGUACACCAGCUUUAUCAAGUAGAUCAAGUUUCAGUGCUUCAGCACCAUCAAGCAGUACGACAGGGUACGAGGAUCCCUCUGCAGCGCUGAGAAGACACGUUGGUGGAUUCACAGACGCAAGUAAAGAAGGUACCCCAGAAGGGUCGGGAUUGGGACCAUCAGCGGAAAUAAGACAACGUAGAAUGUCAAAACCGAAAAAGAAGAAUCAAGCUACCGAUGCCUUACCACCACCUCGACCGAAUUUACCAUUAGGUACUUCACUUGAACCGUCACAUUCUACAUUACCUCAUGAACCUUCCCCGCCUAGUCCACUGGCUUGGUCAUCCAACGAACAAGUCGCACUUUUGGCGAGAAAUAUAGAUGCGAUGCAAGAGGAACUGGUGUCGAACGGUGCAAAGGGGUUGAUAUGGCCUCAGAAUGUGACAUAUAGACAUUUCUUGGAUUUCAUGUUUUUCCCCACGUUGGUUUAUCAGUUGGAAUAUCCAAGAACGAAAACGAUGAGACCCCUUGUCGUACUUGAGAAAGUAGUCGCUACCCUCGGAACGUUCUCUUUGAUAUAUACUAUUACCGAACAUUACAUCUUACCUGUCAUACCCAAACCUGGAGAUCCUUUGAUCAGAUCAUUCAUCAAUCUGGCGUUGCCGAUGAUGGUAAAUUACCUAUUUAUCAUAUUCGAAUGUGUUUGCACGGGCUUUGCGGAAUUGUCUUACUUCGCCGAUAGGGAGUUCUAUCAGGAUUGGUGGAACUCGACCUCGUGGGAUCAAUUCAGCAGGAAAUGGAACAAGCCUGUUCACACAUUCCUCUUAAGACACGUCUACGCCUCGACUAUGACUGGACUCCAACUUUCCCGGACCAGCGCCGCAUUCGUCACUUUCUUACUUUCUGCCUUAUGUCAUGAAUUGGUAAUGGCGGUGGUUACAAAAAAAAUCAGACCUUAUUUAUUCUUAAUGCAGAUGGCCCAAUUACCUAUGAUCGCACUUGGUAGAUUACCUAUAGUGAAGCGGAACAAAACUGUUGGGAAUAUAGUAUUUUGGGCGGGGUUGAUGAGUGGUUUCCCAUUGUUAGCGAUUUGUUAUUUGAUCUAUUAG